GUUAUUUUAUACUGCUUUCUUGCAUAUACACCAUGCUUCUUGCGCAAAAAAAUGCUGGGCCUCACCCUGGAGUAAUAAAGCUUUUCUCAGGCUUAACUGACCUUGAUUAUAAGCCUGGUCAUAAUAAUCAUGUGUAUUUCCAAAACUUGUCUAUCAGUAAAGAUGAUGUCGCUCUUCUAGAUACUUAUGAUCCUGAAGAGAUUUUAAAUAAAUAUAUAGUUCGGGUUGCAGGAAAGGGCUUUACAGUAGUCGAUCAUCAAUCCGAAGUUUAUGGGUUUCCUGAUGCUCACGAGUGCAUUGAUGGGAAUUUGCCUCUCCAUCUGGUUCUGGAUAUUAAUGCGAGGCAAAAGUCCGAUCCCAUGAAUCCUAAAUUUCCUUCCUUAGAUGAGAGUAAAAUUUCUCGUGAAGAUUUAUUUUCCAGAAUCUUAAUUGCCUGUGUCGAUAUUAUAAAUACUGAUUUAAAGCAUUUUGCAAUAUUAGAUGCUUUUACUUUAGCCAGCUUGUCUAAUGCUAAUAAAUGCAGUUGGCAUAUUGUGUAUAAAUAUGCACGGUUUAUUGACUACAGAGAUCUUAAGGGUUUUGUGGAAAAAGUCGCUGAUAAGGUUGGAAAACCAUACUCAAAGUUUAUUGAUAUUGGACUUUAUAAAUAUCGCUUUAGUCUCAGACUCAUUGGAUCAGCAAAGGAAGAUAGAGUUAAAAGACCUGCGAUUUCUUCAGUUAAGAAAGGAUAUCACAAACUAGAAGAUUAUUUAGUUCAGCCUAAGUGGAACGCUUCUGAAAUCUGGCCACGGACCUUUUCUCCUGAGAAAGAAGAGAAGAAAUUUCAGCCCAUCCACAGGUCGAAAAGUGAAAAAUCAGGCAUCAAUCAGGCACCAAUCGGUCACCAAUCAGAUGAAACCGCCUUAAGCAUGGGAGCUGGUUUAGUUAUUGCAAAAUAUGGAUGGCUUGAGGUUGCGACAUUAGAAAGGGAUUUAUUAACUUUCAAGCUCAGUCAUUGGAAGCAUGUCCCAUUUGCAAUAUCAAACACGAAAAAGAUCAGUUAUAUGGCUUUCUUCGAAAAAAAUUAUAAACCAGAUCAUAAGGGAUUAGCGUUCGAAAAAGUGACCGAAGUUUCUGCAAAACCUAAGAGAGGAAUAGUCGAAAGAAUAGGAUUAUCAGAAAUGAUAAUUAAUGUAGAAAAAUUAAAGGAUGCUCCAGAAGUAUAUCCCGAUUUCUUGGGUAUUGAGAAAACAACAACACUUAUUCGUUCUCCCCCGGGGACAUGGAAAACCACUGCGUUAAGAGAGAUUAUUAUGGCAUUGAAAGAUAAAGUACAUGAUAUUUCUUCUUUGCCAUGCUUUAUCUGGAUCUCUUACCGAAAGUCUCUUAGCAAUGAAUCAAAAGCAAAACUCGAUGAUUUAAAAGCAUUAGGUUUCCGAAUUUGCAAUUACCAAAAUACACUAGGAGAUUUAUCUAUAGACAAAUGGGAUAUUAUCAUAGUACAGGUUGAGAGUCUUUUCCGUAUCGAGUUUACAGCCCGUCCGUUUGUAGCUAUUCUCGAUGAAGCUAAUGCCAUUAUGCGUCAAAUGUCUAGCGGUACAAAUGCACGGGAGUCUGAGAAUGCAAUGCGUGAUGUUUUAAGAUCUGCAAGGCAUGUUUUAGCCAUGGAUGCCUUUGCAAAUACAUCGACAUUAUCCUUCCUCCAGGCUUAUCGCAGUGAAAAUAUUCACGUAGUUGAUAAUAAGUAUCAGCCUCGUAUAGGCGAGACAGUUGAGUUUAUUUAUGAUCCGAAUAGCGGAGCUGAAGCCAUGCGAAUAGGAUAUGAUCUUUUAAGGCAGGGUAAACGUGUGGCAUUUGUAUCUACUGGAGCGGUGAUAGCUAGAGCAUUAAUAGAAAAAGCAUCUAAGUUGUCUAAGUCUGAUAAUUCGCCUGUUAGAGCCUGUGCUUAUUACGGAGAUAUGGAUGGAAAACAAUGUCAAAGAGACUUUUCUGAUAUUAAUGUUGCUUGGGAUGAACUUGAUUGCGUAGCUUAUACAAAUACAGUGGAGGCGGGAAUAUCAUUCGAGGUUACGGGCCACUUCGAUAUAAUUAUAGCUAUUACAAACAUCACCACUCCAGUUCAUGUUGAAGCUCUUGCACAAAUGCUUUAUCAAAUUCGUGACUGUCCUCGUCAUAUUGUUUCCCUAUUCUAUCAGAAAAAUUCUAAUGAGCUUUUUCGCCCACCAGGUCAUGAAAAUAUUCGGGCAGAACUUGCAAGUGCUCGGCCUAAUAAUUUACAUACAGCAAUAAAGGGACAUCGUGAAUGGAAUAAUAAUACCAUUUCUUAUAAAGUUGAUGAGUCUCCGGCCAUAAUAACUUUCAUUGAAGUCGAGCAUCAGAAACGUCUUUUUGCAAGAUAUUUUAUUGAAAAGCUUUGUAGUCUUAUAGCUAGUACAGGCGCUUCUCUCCAACUUAUAAAAAUGGAUGAGAGUCGAGGAGUUAUAGGGAAUCGCAAAAGAGUUCGCAAUGAGAUUAGGGUUGAAGCAUUAGUUAUCAAGAAUACAGAUUUUAACGCAGUUGCUACUUCCCGGAAUCUUAGUUCUGAAGAAGCUGAAGUCCUUAAAUUCGAUCAAGAGUGUUCUAUCGCAGAUAUUAUGGCACUUAAACGUUUUUAUAUGCGGAAUCUUUAUUGCAAAGACAUGAGUAUCGAGGAUUGGAAUAAUAUUUGCAAUAGAAAAUUCAUUGAAAAUUUUAGUUCGCCUGAAGCUCGAAAGCAUUUCUUACGAUUGUCUUAUUUUCGAAGGCAAGGUCAUGAUGAGGAGAAUGCAAUGAAGGAAUUGAAAGCUGAGGAAAAUAUACAAUGGGAAAUUGCCUGCUAUAAAGCCGAAGAGAAUCUGGAAAAAUCAGUGGCAGAAGACUUGCGUAAAUCUUAUUCAGCAAAUCAUUGGAAGGCUAUAAGAGAAUUCUUUCAAAUAUUAGGCUUUACCGGCAUUGAUGAUAAACGUAUCCUUCCUGGUAAUAUUGUAUCAGAAGCAUUCGUGCAAUCCUGUGAAAGAUUUAUAGAAAUUCGAAAUCAGUCUUUAUCACUCUUUGGCUUUAAGUCUCAUGCUAAGACAACACCAGAUCUUAAUUCGGCUAUAAAGGCAAUCAAUGCAAUUGCUGGUAAUUGGUGUGGCUAUACUAUUAAAAGUGAUAAAAAAAGAAUAGGGCCUAAGGGACAACAAGUUUGGCAAUACUCAUACCGAAUUAAUCGCCAGCCAUAUAAUAGUACUGGUUUUGGAGAUAAAGGUGCACCAGAACUUCCACCAUAUAGGCCAAAACCAGAUAAUGAGAUUCAGGAACUCUUUGAUUCUAUAGGGCAGAACAAAUAA